UCACAAGAUAGCUAGGUGCACACAGCCACACAGAGAGCAUCGUCAGUAGUCGUGUGUGUGAUUGAUAUCACAGGGGGAGCAAGUUAGCUAGCAAUGGGCAACGUGGAGGCGACGUCGCUCAUCGUCCCGCCGGAGCUCGGCGACGCGCUGGCCAAGGUGGCCGUGUUCGCGCUGGUCCAGGCGCUGGUCUACCUGAUCCUGCGCAAGUCGUCGGACGUCUUCUCCUCGGGGAGGACGGCGAGCAGGUCGCGCAGCUUCCGGGCGAUGCGGAGCAUGAGCGUCCGGCGCGUGCUGGCCGCGUUCUCCGACGUCCCCGUCGGCGUCCCGGAAGACGGCGGCGCGCCGUUGACUUCGACAGUGGACCCCGGGCUGACCGUGCCAGCUGGUUCAAGUGAUUUGGGCUCAACGGUUCUUGGAUGCUUUCACGAGAGCCACACAGUAAGCACUAAGAAUUCUCCAUACUAAAAACGGAGCAGUUCGUAAUGUAAAUGGUAGUAUUUGAGGUGUGACGUGUAUCAGUGUUGGAGCGUGUGCGUGCGUUCGUGUGUGUAGCUAGCUAGCUUGUAUAUAUAUUGAGCUGAAUUCGCUGUUUGGAUUGCUUGAUUCUUUCG